GAACGUUUCUUAAGCUGCUGUCUAGUUUGUGUGUGAUUUUUGCGUUCAAGUGCUGUCUUUGUGAGUGUGUUUGCGUCCCUGUUUCUUUCUGUACGUUUGGUGGUGUCUGCUUGUGUAUCUGCGCUUAUGUUUCUUAGUUUGUGUUUAUUAUUGUGAGGACACACACACUACCUGGGUCUGCGUGGAAGGCUGUGUGUGUUCCUGGGGUCCAGCAGGUAUGUUGUGUUCUCUAGGCAUUAAGAACAGAACCCACUGAGGAUCUCACACCUACAGGUUAGGGGUGGUGGUGUGAGAGACUGGGACCGGAACUUGGAGCUGUGCUAAGGAAGGUCUGGUUCUAGAUACAGUGCUAGGGGCUGGGACUGGAACCUGGUGUUUGGUUGAGGCUGUAGUGAUGCAGCUGCAGAGGUCUUGUCUGUGGAGGUGGAGGGUCCUACUCUGGUCCACACUACUCCUCCUCAUUCCCCUCAGUGCCACAGGGAAUCUCUUUACCAUUGUAGAAGAUGGCGUGUCUUUGGAGGAUGGGAGUGGUGACCCUGGUUUAGACCAAACUGUGAGAGGAGAAAAUUGGAACCCAUGUCUGGAGGGCCAUGAUGUGUUUUCCAAGGUCAAAGAGAACAGCAUGAUAGGAGAACUCAUUGCUGAGCUCAACACUGAGCUGACAGCCAAUGAUGUUGUCUGGAGCUUAACUGGGGAGGACGCUGAUUGGUUCUUCCUAGAAAGGCGGAGCAUCAGACUCAAUGCCCCAUUGGAUAGAGUUCUGGACCGGGAGGUGCAGGGCCCAGUCCUGAUGGCAGCAUUGACCUGCUAUGAGGAGGACACUGUGCAGAGUGAGUACAGGAUCAUGGUGGAGAUUCUGAAUGAGAAUGAUAACACUCCUGAGUUUGUGGAGAGCACCAUACAGCCUCGCAGCAUCAGUGAGCUGGCUGAGGUGAAGACAGUGGUGUUUACAGUCCAGGCCACAGAUGCAGAUGGCGACACCAUAAUGUACUCCAUCGACCAGACCUCGCCUGAUGCUGCCUACUUCAGAGUGGAUCUCCCUAACAGUGGAGAGGUGAUACUGGCCAAGCCUCUGGACUACGAGACUAAAACACAACUGAAGAUCAUCAUAUAUGCUUCGGAGAUGAACACUGUAGAGAAGUUCAACACUAGUGCCAUCCUGACCGUGAAUAUCUUGGACGGAGAUGACCAGUACCCACAAUUCCUGCCGUGCAUGCCCCCCUCUAAUGACCAAUCGAAUCGUGUCUGCAGCAACCCUGUCUACACGGUUAACAUCACAGAAGGCGAACAGGACGUUCUUCUGGACUUCUCUCCUGGGCCGAUCAAUGCUGUGGAUGGAGACAGAGGCCUCAGCUCACCUCUCAGCUAUAGCAUUCUGUCAGGGGCUGAUAAUGGGCGUUUUGUGAUGGAUGAGGUGACAGGGGAGGUGCGUCUGAUGAAAGAAGUAGAGAACAGACUACUGACACCCACACUACGCCUACGGGUCAUGGCGUACCAGAGGAAUGAUCCUAGGAAGUACUCAGUUGCCACAGUGGUGAUCCGUGUUGUGGCUGUCAACCGCUUUCCUCCCCAGUUUGGUCGGGCCGAAUACCGUGGUUUUGUCACUGAAGGCAACAGCCCUGCCUCACUGGUCAACACUUACGGAAACACCGUGCUGCUGCUACAGAUACAGGACAGGGACUUCUCUGAUGGGAUUAAUCCCAAGAUGCACUACUCCCUGAGGUCCUCGUCCAAUCACACAGAGUUUUACCACAUCACACAGGAGGGGCUUCUGAUCGCCAGGACCAAUCAGUUACGGCCAUCACAGAAACACAGUCUGAAGGUAGUGGCUGUGGAUCUGGAGUCAGGUGACAUGGCCACGGCUCUCAUAAAGGUGGAGGUGCUGUAUGAAGGACAAAUAGUCCCUCAGGGCCCAUUGGGGGACGGGCAUCUCCAUGGUAGCUGUGCAGUAGGCAAGGCUAUGGGUGUGGUCAUCCUGGGACUGACUCUGUUAGGCUGCGCUCUGUAUGCACUGCAGCAUGUCCUCCGGACAUACAGAGGACUGAAGGACCCAGAGGACAGGGGCUGUAUAGCACAGGGAAAACACCCCAAUGUGAGAUUACAAUGGUUCCAACUGGUGAGUCACAGUAGCCCCAUGCCAGUCCUUGAUGAGGUGAAGUUCAAAAAGGAGGGUCUAAGCACCUCCACCUCCACCUCCAAGCUACUGGGCGGUCAGAGCAUUUACACACCUGCAGACUCGGACCCUUCUCCAUUCAACGCUUUACCCAUAGCUACACCCUCAACAACCUACAUCCAGCCUAUACUAGCCAACUCCACCCAUACACCUGCUACAACCAUCACACCUGAACUACUCAAGACAUCCACUCAACUCCUGGGCAACUCCAGCUCUAGUACACCACUACACCCAUCACCUACACCUACCAUGGAUCAGACAGACUCGCCUUUAGCUACACACCCCUCCCCUGUUGCAGAUCCAAUAGGUACACACACUCAGGUAGAAGAGACACCUACCUCACCUAACCAUCAGCAGGUACACACACCUUUACCUCCUCCCACUCCGAUCAACUCACCCCCUCACCCCACACCCCCUCCUACCUCACCUACCACACCUCUCCCUUUCUCACCUACUCCAGACCCGAUACACAAUCCUGAAUGUACAGGAUAUAAUCACACACCUUUACUUACUCCACCCUGUCCAGAGCAGGACAGGGUAGGGACACCCCCACCUAAACCCACCCCAGGGCAAACACAUACCCCUGUACUGACCAUCACCUGCCCAGAGCAGGUAGGACAUCCAGGGUACCCUGAGGAGCGCAGACCCUCCACCCACAGCCCUGAGACAGCCUCCAUCGGUGAUGAUGACUGCUUCCUGGGGGAUGAAGAGGCCACCAGGAACAGUGAUGAUGAUGAGGAUGAAGAGCUGGUGAGACUCUAUUCUCACAUACAGCCCACAUUCCUGAUAACAGACUACGACAAUGACAUCACGACUGAGAGCCCUGCCAGUGGUGGAGCGGAGGAGGGGACUGGGAACAGCGAAGGAGUGGAGAGAGAGAGGGAUUGGAUGGAGGGAAACAAGGAAAGGGCCGGGAGAGACAGGGAUGAUAUGGAAGGAAAGGGGGAUAAAUUAGAGAGCGAAGGGGAGAGUUUGAAACAGGGGAGUCCAUCAUUUCAACCCUGUGAUACAGAGCAGGAAGUAUCAGUGGGCCAAUUAAAGGAGUGAUAAACAGUUACCCAGCAACACUCUAUUGCAACACUCUCUAGUCACUGAGGCCAAACAUUUAAGAACACUCUGAAACACGCUUGCACAAACACACACAGACACACACACACGUACACUGAUGAUAUUGGAACAUCCUAGACUUGCCUCAAGCAAGUGUAGGUGAAACACAACACAACAGGCCAUGUGUCUGAGAUAUAGGCCACACUCCUCUUGUAAGGCCUUUGACUUGAGUCUUUUGCGUUACUGUGUUUUUGUUGAUGUUCUUAUUUUGUUCUAAAAUGGUUCAAGUGAUUCCUGCACACUGUGUGUAGGCCUACUUCUGUCCUCCCCUUUGACCAUUCUUAUUUAGUUUUGACAAAAAACACCCCUGUGAUAAGAUGUUACCUACUUCAGUGCUAGCCAUGAACUUCAUGCUUCUCACGUAGUUCCAAUGUCCACAACACAGGAUUUGGAAUGAUGGUCAUGAGAAAUUGCUUCAGCAAAUAUUUUUGUUGUUUGGAUUGUGUGUUCUUCUACUGUAUUUCUGUGUAGCAUGAUGUAAAAUAUGAUGACCAGAAUUUGCAGGUUACAUCAACUGUCUCAGUCUGUCUCUACAGUAUAAAUCAGUAAAGCCAUCAUGUG